AUGGCAAUCGAUAUACUUCCCCUCACAAAAGACGAUAUCCCCGAUGCCGUAAUCUGCAUCCAAAAGGCGUUCGCCGAUGACCCAUACUUCCGCUGGGUCUUUAACGAUCCAUCCAAAUUCAACAUCCAUCGCAACGCGGCCUCCCUAACGGCCCACUUCCUCCACGGCCUCAACUGCAACGCUCCCAUGUACAUCGCCAAAUACCGCCCUACCCCAACAGACAAACACCCGCCGCCGUCCUCCCCCGUCGUCGGCGUCUGCUGGUGGUUCCCCCCACAGCAGAAGGAAACCUGGAACACCUGGACCCAGGAUUGGCUCCUGUCUUUCCGACAGCUCCUCAACAACAUCCGCUUCUGCGGCCGGGGCGGGCUGAAUGUCCGCCGGUACUGGAUCUGGAAGACGCUGCAGGCGCGUACACACGCGGAACUCUGGACGCAUCCGGCAGGAUACUACUUCUGUAAUGUGAUAGCGGUCAGUGCGGAGAUGAGGGGGAUGGGGGUUGGAAGGAGGCUGGUGGAGGCUGUGACGGGGCGGGCGGAUGCCGAGGGCGUGCCCUGCUACCUGGAGAGUUCCAAGGGGGAGCCGAAUCUGGGGAUCUAUGAGAAGUUGGGAUUUAGGAUGGUCAAGGAGAUUGAAUGUGUGGAUGGGUGGGAGGCUUGCAAGCUGUAUUGCAUGGUGCGGGAUCCGAAGGUCCAGAUCAAGGGGUGA